ACGGCUUCAAGUUGGAUUUUAAGGGUGUCCCCUCCUGUCUGGGGGCCGCAGCCCCCUCAGUGCCCACCUCCGGCGGCGCUUCAGGCGACGAGGUUUCCCAUCAGCAGUUCAACAUUUUUCCGGCCAUCUUCAGCAGGCAACUUAAUUUUAACGCCUGUCCACAAAAAUCCAUGAUGGAAGAUUUAAGGCCGAACUUGGUCGGCGUCGGAAAUCUUCUCGGAGUCUCGGGGUUACUUGAUGACCAUCAUGGACAUCUUAUGGGUGGGGGGUCUAAUGGGGAUAAGGGAACACCUAGAAAGUGCAAUACUAGUGGAUCUUCCGCAGAAGAUUUUACUGCUAUUUAUGGUGGAUUACCUCAUUCUCAUGAUCAUCAUUCACAUACUCCUGCACAUACUCCACCAGCUGCUCCUAGAACUAUUACUGAUCAUACAGACGGCGCUUUUAAGAAACUCAAACCUGAACCAACGUCGACCGGAAGUGGUAGUUUAGGUACCGUUUCUCCCGGAGGUCCACAACACGCCGGGCAUACUCCAACAACAGCCUCUUGUCCAACGCCUGCAAGAAGAAGACAUCGCACCACAUUUACACAAGAACAACUCGCAGAAUUAGAAGCUGCUUUUGCAAAAAGUCACUAUCCCGAUAUUUAUUGUCGAGAAGAAUUAGCAAGGAGUACGAAAUUAAAUGAAGCUAGAAUACAGGUUUGGUUUCAAAAUAGAAGAGCGAAAUAUCGAAAACAAGAGAAGCAGUUACAGAAAGCGUUGGCGCCGUCGGUGUUGCCGGGUUGCAAUGGGGCCAUGAUGAGGAACAUUUACCCGGGGGCGGCGCGCGGGUACCAGCCGUAUCCACAUCCGACGGCCAUCAACCGCUAUCCGCAGAUGAGUACCAGUUCUUAUCCAACGAUGGCACAAUCUUUUUCGAUGUCCCAUAGUACGAAUAUGAGCACCGUUGCUGGGAUGCGACAAGAUGCUAUGGGUAUGAGUGCAGAAGAUGAAUGGUACAAUAAAAGUUUAUCGGCAUUGAGAAUGAAUUCAACUCAUCAUCCAAACCUGGCGGCUCCAAUGUUACAAUACCAAACGUAAUCUUCAAGGAAUAACCGUGAGGAGAGUAUGUAAUAAAUAAAUUUUUGAGAACCCGUCUAUUUCCAACUUUUUUUUGAAUAGAAACAGCUCAAAUAAAAAAUCUUCUUAACUACUUCGUUUUCACGGAAUGAAACAAAUGUAAAGUUUGUCCAAUAAAAUUGUCCAUAAAUCUACUUUUUUAAUUAAUUUUGUACAUAAACUGUGAUACUCGUUCAGUUUCCGGAAUCGAAAAAUAAAGAGAAUAUAGUGCGUAAAUAGUGGUAGUCAUAUUUCUUUCGAGGUCUGUAAAAUUGUGUGGCGAGUCGUUUCAUUUAUUACGUAAAGAAUGUAUAAAAAAUUGAUUGAUUUUUCUACGUGUACUUCAAAAGAAACUAGAUAAUUCAAGAAAUUUUAAAAUGAGAUUAUCGAAAACCUAAAAAAACUACAAACAAAAAACUCCUCAGUGUUUUUAGCCUAAUGAAGAAAUGAUAUUGUUACAGGGGCAGUUUAAAAAUUAACAAAAAAAAAAAAAGAACUCUGGUCAGUUUUUUAACCGGCCUUUAUACAUACAAAAUAUAGAAUAAAUUGAAAAAAAAAAUAUAAAUAUAUAUAUUAUGAUUACAUGUGCCAUAUAUUUAUUGUAUUAUUAUUAUUAUUAUUGAAAAAUUAAUGUGUGUCGUAUGUUCUUUAGAUUUUAAGAAUAUGUGUAAAAUUGUAAAUAAUAAUAUUAAAAAUAAAACAUUAAUAAUU